AUGGCGGUUUCUCACCGCCUCUUUAGGCUCUACUCGCCGGCGACGACGGCCAAAAAUACCUUUUCUUCUUUCUUAAUUAGGUCUCUAUCUUCUUCUCCUUCUGGGCCUACGCUUGACCCUGAGAUCGAUCUCGAAGAAGCCAGGGCUCAGCUCGAGAAGUCUUCGUCUACGUCUCCGACUCCUUCCAAAGACAGAAAUUUCCACUGGGUUUUUCUCGGAUGUCCCGGUGUUGGUAAAGGUACCUAUGCUUCUCGUCUCUCUUCUCUCCUCGGUGUUCCUCAUAUCGCCACUGGUGAUCUCGUUCGCGACGAGCUCUCCUCCUCUGGUCUCCUCUCCUCUCAGCUAAAGGAGCUUGUAAACCAUGGAAAAUUGGUUCCUGAUGAAUUCAUAAUAAGUUUGUUAUCAAAGCGUCUCCAAGCUGGCAAAGAGAAAGGAGAAUCUGGUUACAUUCUUGAUGGUUUUCCAAGAACCGUGACACAGGCGGAAAUACUGGAGGGAGUAACUAAUGUCGAUCUAGUUAUCAACCUGAAGCUUCGAGAAGAGGCAUUACUUGCGAAAUGUCUAGGAAGAAGAAUUUGCAGUGAAUGUGGUGGAAACUAUAAUGUUGCGUGCAUUGAUAUCAAAGGUGAUGAUGUUAGUCCCAGAAUGUAUAUGCCUCCGCUUCUUCCUCCGCCAAACUGUGAAUCAAAGCUUAUAAGCCGAGCUGAUGACACCGAAGAAGUUGUCAAGGAAAGACUUCGGAUUUACAACAAAAUGACUCAACCAGUGGAGGAGUUCUAUAGGAAGCGUGGGAAGUUGUUGGAGUUUGAAUUACCAGGUGGAAUCCCAGAAUCAUGGCCAAAGCUCCUUAGAGCGUUACAUCUUGAAGACCUUUAUGAUAAACAAUCUGCAAUAGCCUAG